CUGAUCUGCGGCGUCCCACCUUCUUAUCCCACCUCUUAACCACUUGUCUGCCCACAUCCUUGAAUCCCAACCUUCUCAAUCCACAUCCAUGCCUCUUGCACCGUUCUCGCACGCGCAACGCCGCAGCAAGUCCACGACACACCUCUCGCUGAUCAGCGACCAGGACAAAUGCCACUGCACGCUCUUCUCGCACGCGCUGAUGAUGGCGCUGUAGUGCAUGAUGUCGGGCUCCAACUUCGGCUCCGACGUCUCGCAGGGCAGCGGUGGGGCCGGCUGCCACUGCCAGCACUUCUCGCAAUCGCUGAUCGGGGCGCUGUGGCUGACCAUUUCCGGCUCCAGCUUCACAACCCACAGCUCUCUGUGCAGCGGUAGGGACGGCUGCCCCGUGUUGUGGCUCCUGAUGUCGGGCUCCAGCUUCGCCACCCGCCUCUCGCGGAGCAGCGAUAGGGGCCCGCUGCCACUGCUCGCCCGUCUCGCACGCUGGUGCUGCUGGAGUGGGUCGCUGGUAGGUCUGUUUUUUCCGUAAGCCACGGGCGACCUUCUCGAUCAGGGAAAAAUAAUACUUCGACACGAUGGGAAGCGCAAAGCCGAGGCGCUGCCUUGGCCCACGAGCCCAACAACACCUGCGCUCCGCGCAGAAAGUGCUCGGCACAAGUCUGCCGAGGAGUGCUCGGAACAGACAUUGAAAUAAGAGAUGCCCAUGUAAUUGUCUUAGCUGCUCCGAUACGAAGCACGCAACACGUAGCGUAUUGAAACGGAGGUCAACAUGUAGACUGAAAACGUACGCAUGACGCGAUACUUGCGCCAAAACGUGGGCCAAUACGCUGAAACAGCACGAAACGUAUUGACACUGACGUUUAAAGCAUGGUACGCUGAUGGGGUUACGCGAAGCGCCUAGAAUUGCUAAACUUGCUUAUGGGUGUCACUGCGAAGUCGAUACUGGAUUUGCUCCCACUCACCGCGAGUGGACAUAUU